AUGACUCAAGGAAUUGAUCUCAAUGAGGCUGAUGUUGUACAAGAUCCAUCGCCAUCGCCGUCCUCUCCAAGCGGAACGAGUAUUGAUAUGGUUACGAAUACAACUACUACAACUACAACUACAGACUGCAACAACAAAAAAAGAAUUAAGGCCGUCUUGUUUGGAUUGGACGGCUUGAUCCGAAAUAUCAAUGAGAUUAAUUUCCGAGUUUGGAGUAGUAUUUUGACAGAUUACGGUUAUGAUUUGAGUUUUCAAGAAUACUUGCAAAUAUUUCUCUUCCUUCAUGAGAUGUUUGUCUUGUUCCAACUCUUACCAUACAGCACGGUGGAUGAACAUUUGGAAAUUGCUAAAAGAAAGCAAAAAGAAUUUGUCAAGUUCAUUACGAGUGAGGAUCUAGUCUUAUCGACUGGAUCCGUUUCAGGUAUUGAACAAUUACUUGAAUCGAUCAAGAAACAUAAUGAAUCACUUUCAAAAGAUGAAGAUAAGAUUGUGGUUGGAGUGGUAUCUGACUUGUCUAACAUGGAAACGAAAUGCUUAUUGGAAAAGCUAAACAUUUUUGAUCACUUUGAUGUGGUGCUAUCAAGUUAUGGACUAAAGAGACCAAAACCUGAUCCGUCGAUUUACAGAGUCGCUCUCGAACAAUUACAGGUCGAUCCUGACGAAUGCAUAGUUUUUGAAGGAACUACACAAGGUUGUCUUGCCUCCAUGCGAGCACUUCAAAAUUCCAACGUGAUUGGAGUGAACUGCAAUGAUAUUUCAAAUGAAAUUGAUUCGCAAGAAAUGUUUGAAAAUGGAGUGAAAACUAUAAUAGAUAAUUUUGAAGGUCUCGAAUUGUGUCACCUUGAAUUGAUGAUUGAAUGUCAUGACAAAUAG